AUGACUAGAUUUGAAUUAGUUUUCAUCUCUACACCAACAAUCGGAAACAUGGUUCCCACUGUUGAAUUCGCUAACCAUCUAGCCAAUCACAACCCACAACUCUCUGCAACAAUUCUCAUCAUCACAAACCCAAAACUACCGCUUGUUAACACUUAUCUCCAAUCUCGACCUUCCUCCGCCACUAAUCUUAAAUUCAUCCACCUUCCUAUCGUAGACCCUCCCACACCCGAUCAAUACCAAUCCUUCAUCGCUUACAUCUCUCUCCUGAUACAGAAACACAAAAAUAACAUCAAAACCGCACUCCUCAACCUCACGGCUUCAUCAACUGAGUCAAACUCUGACUCGGUUAAACUCGCUGCUGUCUUCGUUGACAUGUUCUCCACCACCAUUAUCGAUGUCACCGACGAGAUCUCUGUCCCUUGCUACCUUUUCUUCGCGUCGCCGGCGAGUUUCCUUGGAUUCACGCUUCACCUUCCUCGACUCGAUGAUGUCGAGUCGGAAACGGAGUUUGAAGUCCCGAGUUUCGAAAACCCGCUUCCGAAACCUGUUUUGCCUAACUUGGUUUUGGAUUGGAAAUCUGAAGAAGACGCUUACUCGUGGGUUUCAUAUCAUGUGGGAAGGUUCAAAGAAACAAAGGGUAUUGUAGUAAAUACGCUACAAGAACUUGAACCUCGCGCUCUUUGUUCACUUUACAAUGAUUUGAAGCUUCCACCAGUUUAUCCAAUUGGGCCGAUUCUUGACCUUGAUGGACCGGCUCAAUGGGACCCGAACCCGGUUCAAUAUAAUUACAUUAUGGAGUGGCUCGAUAUGCAGGUUCCGGGUUCUGUGGUUUUUCUCUGCUUUGGUAGUUUGGGAAGUCUCGAAGUGAAACAGGUUGAGCAGAUAGCUAUUGGGCUUGAACGGGCUGGGGUUAGGUUUUUAUGGGCUUUAAGGGGACCACCCAAGGACCAUUUACAGGAUCCAAGAGAUUACGCGAGUUACGAGAAUGUUCUACCGGAUGGGUUUUUGAAACGAACGGUGGGGAUGGGUAUAGUGUGUGGGUGGGUCCCACAAGCAAAGGUGCUAGCCCACAAGAGUGUAGGUGGGUUCGUUUCGCACUGUGGUUGGAACUCGAUAUUGGAGAGUUUGUGGUAUGGUGUGCCAGUUGCCACGUGGCCGGUUUAUGCGGAGCAACAAAUGAAUGCGUUUCAGAUGGUUAGAGAAUUGGGAUUAGCGGUGGAGAUUAGGUUGGAUUAUAGGGUGGGUGGGGAUCUGGUGCGGGCGGAAGAAGUUGAGAAGGGUGUUAGGACGUUGAUGAACGGUAGUGAUGAGAUUAGAAAGAAGGUGAAAGAUAUGAGUGAAAAGUGUAGAGUGGCUUUCAUGCAGAAUGGGUCAUCUUAUACUAACCUUGUGUCUCUGAUUCAAGAUUUGACAAAAUAA